UAUUCAGUUAGAGUGAGUGUGCAUGUAAUAUACAUACCAAUAUGAAUACGCUCUUGUGUUCUUGAUUGUAUGCGUGUGCUUACAAAAACAAAGUGAAUAGUGUUUAUAUAUAAAAAUUUACUGCUAUAUUGAGAAAGUUAAUUCAGUUAUGGCCACUGGUAUUAACAAUGAAAUCGAACCAAAACGACCAAGAUUUUUACCUGUCACCACAUUAACAGAUGUCCAAGCUGUGCGCUGCGCCGAAUUUCAUCCGAAUGGAAAGUUAUAUGUUGUUGGUUCAAAUUCGAAAACAUUUCGAAUUUGCAAAUAUCCGCAAUUGUCCGAAUUAAAAAAAUUUCAUGAAGUUCAACAACCUACGGUUUUAUUUAAACGCACAAAACAUCAUAAAGGCUCAAUAUAUUGCACAGCAUGGUCGGCGGAUGGCGUAUUAAUAGCAACAGGUUCAAAUGAUAAGACCGUUAAGCUAAUGCAUUUCAAUAACGAUGAAACACAGUUGGAAGGGCGUGAAAUCGACUUAACUAUGCAUGAUGGCACAGUUAGGGAUCUGUGUUUCGUGGAAGACACCAUAAAUAAAUCACGACUGCUUAUAAGUGGUGGAGCUGGCAACUGUAAAAUUUAUGUUACCGAUUGCGCAACCGCGACACCCUAUCAGACACUGGGUGGUCACAGUGGACAUAUUCUCUCAUUAUACAAUUGGGGUGGUGUUAUGUUUGUUUCGGGAUCACAGGAUAAAACAGUGCGGUUUUGGGACUUGCGUUCUAACGAAUGUGUAAACACUGUCGCUCCAAUGACACUGCAAGGCUCAACAUUCGGUUCACCUGUCGCUUCAGUAUGUGUUGAUCCCUCUGGUCGUUUAUUGGUCUCUGGACAUGAGGAUAGCGCUUGUGUACUUUUCGAUAUACGCGGCAAUAGACCCAUACAAUGCUUCCAGCCACAUACCGCGGACAUAAGGUCUAUACGUUUUUCACCAUCAGCCUACUAUUUGCUCACAUGUGGUUAUGAUAAUAAUAUUGUCCUUACCGAUUUGCAAGGCGAUUUAACUCUACCCCUCCCAUCUGUGUUAGUCGCGCAACACAGCGACAAAGCUAUAUCAGCACGUUGGCAUCCGACUGAUUUCUCCUUCCUCUCGACAUCAGCUGAUAAGACAUCAACAUUAUGGGCAUUGCCGCCGUUUUGAGAAAAUUUGCUUUUACAAGUGUACCUUCCGUCCCAUAUUCAAUUGCGUAGUUAAUACUAUAACUAUACGUGUAUUCUUGGAUAGUUCCCAGUGAUCUUAACCUACAUAUAAUACUCAAUAACUUAUAACCAUUCUAAUAGCUACGAAAUUACUUCUUGCUGUUUCGAUGUUAUUUAUAAUUGAAAUAAACCGUGUACUUAAAUAGAUAUACGUAUGUAGAUACAUACAUACAUAUGUAAUGUUUCGAAUAAUCUUGCCACAAAAUUAUAUAUGAUGUCGACUAAAACAAAAAUAACAAAACAUAUUAAUUUUUAUUGCACGGUGUUCAGAAUUGUUGCUAGCAAUCUAGUUAGUCGUAAUUAUUAACACUACUGUUGGAUUUUCGUGUUUUACUUAUACUUUUGUUUAAAACAAUAGACCAGCAUUGGAAUUGUGCAAUACUUACUUAAUUUGUUGUUGGUUUACUUUUUCUGAAUAAAAAUGACGCAAAUUUGUUUUAAAAAAUAUUAUAUAUUUCCCCAACUAAUGACAACAUGGGCAUUAUUUACUUUUUACUAUUAAGGAUAAUACCGUCAUAUUUCUGUUGGAACCAUUUCAUGGCGUCCUCUUUUGUGAGACGGUGUGGGAAACCAACUGUGCCGGACUUGCGUUUCCUGUGUGCAACAUUGUAGCCUGGAAUAAAAAAUAAAGCAAUUAUUUAACAGAAAUUUAAAUAAAAAAAAACUGAAUAUAUUAUUAAUAAUAUAUUAUACAGUCAAUGAGUGUGUAUCUGCAAUUAUCUUGUUAGCAAAUUACAAAAGCUACAACACUUUAUACUACAUAAACAAAAUUAAUAGACUUUAAAAUCUAUAAAUUUUACAUGUGUUUUAAUGUAAGAACUAUACCGUGUAACUAAACAAAGUGCAUCAGCCACAUUAAGCAUAGAUCACAAAAUUACUUUAUGCACAUUACUGAGUGCCAGUGGCGUAAAGACCAACAAACACCUAAUUAAGUGCAACACAGAUACACACUCGCGCACAAGUAUCAGUUCUAAUAUUUUGCUCACCUGGACGGCCCAACACAACGUAGAAGUCCAAACCAUAAAUACCAAUAGAGGGAUCGUAUUUGAUACCCAAAUCGAUAUGUUCUUGGAUACCGAAACCGAAGUUACCGGUGGCUGAGAAGUUAUCGCGUCUCAACUCGUAUUCACGCACUUUCAAACCGCGUUCCAAAAUU